CUGGCCCUUUAAGGCCCCCGAGCGGUGCAUUCUGGGAGCCUCCUCUCGCUGUAUGUCGUCACCAGCUGUCGUCUAAUGAAUGUGAUGGUGGAUGCGACAACCUGCGGGACGGGGAGCAGCUGUGUUUCUUACGACAGCUAGCCUCCUCGCCAAGGUGGCCCCAUGCCAUGGCAGCCAGCCACAGCUCCCCCCCAGUGCCUCGCCCCAGCGGCGGCAGCGACGCCGUCUUCAGAAAGGAGCGGGACGCCACGUCCCGGCAGUAUAAGCUAGUGCGCUCGCUGCCUGAUGUUUGCCCCAUGGAACCCAACGAGCUGCGGGGGCUGAGCGAGGGUCCUUCAGUGGUGGCAGACCAGCACAGAUGGACCGUCUACAACUCCAAGGUGAACCUCCCAGCAGCACUGAACGACCCGCGCCUGGCCAAACGGGAGUCCGACUUCUUCACCAAGAGCUGGGGCCUGGACUUUGUGGAAACGGAAGUUAUGCCUUCCAUCUACCUCCCCAACAUCACAGAAGAACACUUCACGGCCUACCUGCAGGAGAUGACGCAGAGAGAGAGAACCCACGAAAGCUGUAAAAAAAUCUACCCUUCAAAAGAUGAAGUCACGCCAGGCUCCAGCCUCACGACCAAUCACGACAAAUCGAGGGCGGAGUUGGAGCAGGUCCCUAAGAUCUUCAUGAGGCCUGACUUCGCGCUGGACGACCCUGCCACCUUUAAUGCGGUCCUGCCCUGGACCCACUUCAGCAUAACAGGGGGCAAAGCCAACCGCGACAUCGCAUCCUCGCGGUUACUGCAGGAAAAGCUGAGUCACUACCUGGACGUGGUGGAGGUCAGCAUUGCCCACCAGAUCUCCCUGCGCUCCGAGGCUUUCUUCCAUGCCAUGUCCUCGCAGCACGAGCUGCAGGACCGACUGCAUGGGACGGCGCGGGCGGUGGCGGUGCUGCGGGAGCGCACGGCCGCCAUGGAGCGCGUCAUGUGCGAGGGCCCCCUGCAGGCACUGCGCCUGGGCCUGGCGCGCAACAACUGCGCCAAGCUGCACAGCAAGCUGAAGCUGAUGGCAGCUGUGCACCAGACGCAGCCCACCGUGCAGCUGCUGCUGUCCACCUCAGAGUUUGUUGGGGCCCUGGAGCUCAUCACCACAACGCAGGAGGUGCUGCAGCAGGAGCUGCAGGGCGUACACAGCUUCAGGCACCUGGGUUCCCAGCUUUGUGAGAUGGAGAAGCUCAUCGACAAGAUGAUGAUCGCCGACUUCACCACCUACGCCCGGAGUGACCUCGAACGCCCCCUGGAGGAGGACAUCCAGGUCCUAGAGAGGGACAGGCUGCAGUCCCUGGUGUUUGGCUUGCUGCGGCAGAGGAAGCUGGAUUUCCUAGACAUCUAUGAUGAGGAGAUGAUUCAAGCAGCCAAGGGCAUCGUGAAGCAGUGCGUCGUCAACAUGGUGUCGCACAUCGAAGAAAUCGACACUGAGGUUGUCGUGAAGCUGGCUGACCAGAUGAGGCUCAUGACCUUCCCUCAGUGGUUCGACCUUCUUAAGAGUGUCUUCUCAAGUUUCAUCCUCUUCCUGAAGAGGAUCAAGGCAACAUUAAGCGUGAUAAGAAAUGUGGUGCUGGAGGUGAUGGAUGGUAACCAGAGGAUCCGGCUGGCAGAGGCAGCGGCAGCGGCAGUGGGGGUGGGUCGGGCAAGCCCCGAGGCCCCCCCAUCCAGGGAUUCAGAGCUAGCCUACCUGACCCACGAGGGCAUGUUCAUCAGCGAUGCCUUCAGUGAGCCAGACCAGCAGCUAGGUGGGGCCACGUCAGGCCCAGACUCCGCCUCUGGAACCACAGAGUCGUCGUCCAGCCGUGAGCAAGCCACCCCACCAUUGGUGCGGGCGUCUGGUGCAGUGGUGAACGAGGACAUGAUGCCGACGGACCUGGAGCUAGGCCGCGUGGCCAAUAACAUACAGGAGCUCCUGUGCACGGCCUCAGACGCCAGUCACGACCGCUGCGUCAAAUUCCUCAUGGCCCGGGCAAAGGAUGGCUCCUUGGAGCGGCUGAGCUCUUCCGAGUUCGUGUGCCUGUCCCAGGAGGUGGAGAACUUUGUGUGUGAGACGGAGCAGCUGUGCCAACGCCGCAGCAUGUCCCUGCGGGGGGCGCUGCAGAGCCAGGCCAACCGCUUCGUUCACCGCUUCCAUGAAGAACGCAAGACCAAGCUCAGCCUGCUGCUGGAUAACGAGCGCUGGAAGCAGGCGGAGGUUCCCGCAGAAUUCCAAGACCUCGUGGACUCCAUCGCCGACGGCAGGAUCACGCUGCCGGAGAAGAAGCGGGCCGGCCCCGAGGAGCGUAAGCCCAGCGAGUCCCUGUGUGUGGAUGGACAGAAAUACGCCGUCGUGGGGACGGUGCUGCUGCUGAUCCGGAUCUUCCUGGAGUACUGCCAGUGCGUGAACGACAUCCCGUCCAUCACCACCGACAUGCUCACGCGACUCACCGACCUCUUGAAGCACUUCAACUCACGGACCUGCCAGCUAGUCCUGGGGGCUGGGGCGCUGCAGGUGGUGGGACUCAAGACCAUCACUACAAAAAACCUCGCUCUCGCCUCCCGCUGCCUGCAGCUGGUACUGCACUACAUCCCCAUCAUCAGGGCCCACUUCGAGACCAAGCUGCAGCCCAAGCAGUAUAACAUCCUCAGGCACUUCGACCACAUCACCAAGGACUACAAUGAUCACAUAGCGGAGAUCCUGGCUAAGCUGGUGGCCAUCAUGGAUAGCCUGUUCGAGAAGGCACUGUCUAAGUAUGAAGUGAAGGCCCCAAUGCCUUCUGGGUGCUUCCGGACCCUGUGUAAGCAGAUGGGCAAGAUGCAUGAAGCGAUCUCUGACCUGCUACCUGAGGAACAGACGCAGAUGCUGUUCCUGAGGAUCAACGCGAGCUUCAAACUGCAUCUGAAGAGGCAGCUGGCCCGCCUGAACGUCAGCAACGAUGGAGGCCCCCAGCAUGGGCUAGUCAUGGUGGAUAUCGCCUUUUAUACUGGUAACGUCCAAGCACUGAGGUCACUCGAAAAGCUCGACUUGAACUUGGCAGAGAUUUGGGAGCAGAAGAGGUGAUGGAGGCGGCAGUGGCCUCGCCCUGCUUGGGGGGGAGGCGGCUGGCGGGGGUGGACCACUCCGUGACUCAGGGCUCACUCUCACCAUGUCCCAGGGACGUGUACCAUGCCCCCCGCCCCCCCCAGCCCAGGACACUGGACCGUGAGAGCAUCUGCCUGUCUUGUUGGCGCGGCGAGGGUGCUGCGGAUUCUGACCUUGACUGCAGUUGCUCAAGUGGACCAAGCCUGAACACACAUUUCUUUUUUUUUGGGGGGGGGGGGGCAUGCCUAUUCAGGCCACUAUGACUGUAUCUCAGUGUGCAAUUGGUCUGAAAUGAGCAGUGGAUCUGACAGGGGCAACGGCAUGAUCACGCUUCAGUGACAGGUGAAAGCUGCGCUCAGCAAUCGACCAUACUGGUGUCUGUCUGUAGCAUUUCGCUUUGUUGCAUUUAAACCCAAAUCGACAAAGUGGGAAACCGGAGUGCUGCUUCAUGGUGUGGAACUGGACAUAAAUGUAAAAAGGUUUAAAUCUUAUGAUAUUUGUAUGAAUCCUGGGGUUUGAGUAUUUGUGAAAACUCUUGGUCUCAUCUUCUGGUUUGGCAGAAGGAAUUUCUUUUUGCAGAAUCUGCUUCUUUAGUUUACAUUUUGAAUUCUGGUUUUAACUCUGGUUUUAAAGUUCUCUCCUUUGGAAUCGCACAUUUUACCAGUAUUCCACAAUGUAAAGGGAAAAAUACGUGUGAAUGGAAGUUACUCGGCAUUCCUGUAUUGUUAUGCCUUCCUUUUGUGGGCCUUCCCUCAAACGCCUGCCGUAUGAUGGGUUUUAGCUAUGUGUGAGCAUUUCUAACUGGUCCCAGUGCCUGGAAAGCCUGACCGUUACUGCGUUCACACAGGGUCGUUUUUGUGGAUUACUGAAAGCCCCUUUACACCUCAGACCACGUGCUAGUUUGGUCUGAUUUCCCUGAAGAUGUAGAAUGCUAGUAUUACUACAGUCAUGCACUUCAAAGUGGAGUAAAAUUGCAUAAGAUGGCGGGGGAGGGGGAGGAAUGUGGUCACAUGGGACGGGUGAGACACAGGUGGGAACUAUGGGGUCUUUGGAGCAGCUGGUGGAGGUUGACUGUCCUCAUUGUGAUAAGGUUCAAGCUAGGAAACAUGGUUCUCUGUGUGCUAGACCAAAACUAAGCAGUAGGUCUCCCUCAAAACUUGAAUCGAGAUCUUUUCUCGCUGAGGAGAACCCUGCUAUUUGUACGCAUGUAUGCAUACCCUGCCGCGGUGUAAGGAAUACUGUCUAAAUAAGAAACUCUGCUUUAUGGGUAGACCCACUACCUUCGAAGAGGACUGUUUUGUAUCAAACAUGCACUACUGAUUACCAGUGCUGUACGAUUCACUGCUAGCUCAAAAGUGCCUACUUUUGAUAAAUAUCGGAGACCAUGACGCCCAUCUCUUCCGACAGUGCAUAUUCCGUCUCGAGUGCCUAACAGGCUUCUUCCCAAGGGAACCAGGUCUUCAUGCCCCAGCAAAGAUAAACCAACUAAUCAGACAGCAUGCCUGAGAGUUUUAAGCAUCCUGAAGCCUGAACCAUCUAUCUCAAUAAAAUUGGUCAUGAAAGUGAAA